UUAAUUUAGUUGCGUUUACUAAGUGUUUAGUAUUAAUAUUAACUCUUUAAUUGAGAUUUUGUUUAUUGUUAAAUUAUCCUUUUCUUGUUAAUUAUCUUGUGCUUCAUUCUAGUUUAACUGUUAUUUUUGUUAUUGAUUCCUUAUUGAGCUGAGAAAAAUGUCCGAUGAUUUUGGAUCAGCCGGUGGUUGGGGAGAUUCUGGAAAUUCUGGCAAAAAAUCUGAUUUAACAUCUUCUGGUGCUGGUAGUUCAUGGGGAAAUGGAGUUACUAGUGGUUCAUCAGCAAAAACUAGUUCAGGUGAUAAUUGGGGAUCUGGUGAUGAUUCAUGGGGAAAUUCUGGUGGUUCAUCGAAGAAAUCUGGUGGUAAUGAUGCCGGUAGUUCUUGGGGUGCUUCUGGUGGUGCUUCUGGUGGUGACUCUUGGGGAGCUAGUGAGGUAGAAAGCUCAGACAAGCCAAAAGGCAAAGGUUGCUUCAAGUGUGGGGAGGAAGGACAUAUGUCUCGUGAGUGUCCUUCUGGAGGAGCUGGUGGUGGUAACCGAGGUAAAGGAUGUUUCAAGUGUGGUGAAGAAGGUCACAUGUCUCGUGAAUGUCCUUCUGGAGGAGGCGGUGGUGGUGACCGAGGUAAAGGAUGUUUCAAGUGUGGUGAAGAAGGUCACAUGUCUCGUGAAUGUCCAUCUGGAGGAGGCGGUGGAUCUCGAGGUAAAGGAUGUUUCAAGUGCGGAGAAGAAGGUCACAUGUCUCGUGAAUGUCCUUCUGGAGGAGGCAGUAGUGGAUCGCGGGAUUGUCCUACAGGCGUUAAUGAGGAUGGAUCGACACCUGACGCUAGACCUCCAAUUUAUGUGCCACCUGAAUUGAAUAAAGAUGACAAAUCACUUUAUGAAUCAAUUGCUACUGGAGAAAACUUUGACCGCUAUGACAGUAUCCCUUGUUCCGUAACCGGAGAUGAUAAGCCCACCGAUCCAGAAAGAUAUGAGACUUUUGAAGAAGCAUUUACUAGUACAACUAUUCGUGCCGGACUCGCAGCUACCAAAAUUUCUAAACCAAUGCCUAUCCAAAAAUAUGGUAUGAGAAUCGUAAUGGCCAAACGAGAUUUAAUGGCUUGUGCCCAAACAGGAUCGGGUAAAACUUUAGCUUUCAUGCUACCAAUUUUACAAGAUUUAUUUUCAGAUCCUGAUACUACCAGUGGAUAUGGUAGUGGUUGCCAAGAACCAAAAGCUGUGGUUGUCACACCAACUCGAGAAUUAGCAAUUCAAAUUUAUAGAGAAGCCUAUAAAUAUAGCGCUGAUAGUAUAGUUAAAGUUCAAAUAAUUUAUGGUGGAACCUCAAGCUCCCAUCAAAGAGCUAAACUAUCUGAAGGCUGUCACGUUCUUGUUGGUACUCCAGGCCGAAUUAUCGAUUUUCUAGAUAAAGGUUAUUUCUCUUUCUCUAGUUUAAAGUAUUUUGUUCUAGAUGAAGCUGAUCGAAUGAUCGAUCAAGGUUUCAUUCCUGAUAUAAGAAGAAUGGCUUCUCACCCUACAAUGCCUCCAGUUUCCAAGCGACAAACUCUUAUGUUCAGUGCUACAUUCCCUGACGAGGUUCAACGAGUUGCUGCAGAGUUUUUAAAGAAGGAUUAUCUUUUCCUUACUGUAGGAAUUCUUGGUGCUGCAAACUCUGACGUUGAACAAACAUUUUUCAAAGUUGAUAAAACCGAAAAGCGAAACAAGAUUAUUGAAGUCCUUGGAUCAAAGGAAAAUAAUGAUCGAACCAUGAUUUUUGUUGAAGCCAAAAAGACGGCAGAUUUCUUAGCAUCCUUCUUAUCACAGAAAGGAUAUAAAGCUACAAGCAUUCACGGUGACCGUUUUCAACACCAAAGAGAAGAAGCUCUUAGAGACUUGAAGUCUGGAAAAUAUCCGUUAUUAGUUGCAACUUCAGUUGCCUCCCGUGGUCUCGAUAUUCAAGGUGUUCUACAUGUUAUAAACUAUGAUCUUCCAAAAGAGAUUGACGAUUACGUUCAUCGUAUUGGACGAACUGGACGAGUUGGUAAUAAGGGUAGAUCUACAAGUUUCUAUGACCCAUCCUUCGAUCGACCUUUAGCUGAAAAAAUCGUACCAAUUAUCGAGAAAGCCAGUCAAAGUGUCCCUGAAUGGUUAAAAGAUGAAGCCGGUGGCGGUUCACCAGAUUACGAUGAUGGCUUCGGAGGAGUAGAUUUGAGAAAAUUAUCAGAUAAUUUCGCAUCUUCCACUACUGUGAACGAAGAGAAUUGGGAUUAAUCAUCUCAAAUUUAACCAACGAGAAAUGCUAUCGAUUAUCAAGUGCCUCGUUUAUCUUUUUUUUUUUCAAGGACAAUCUCAGCAAACAGUUUACAAAAUUUUCUAUGUUAAUCAUCACUUUUCCUAAAAAAGACGACCAGAGAACAAAGUUCUUUAUCCAUUUUCCAUUUUUUGUAAAACCAUUUUUCAUGAUCAAAGUUAUUUUACAAAUAACUUGAAAACAUGCUCAUUUUUUUCUUUACCAUUAUUUUGACAACUACUUAUAAUUAAUUAAACCACUGCGAGAUUUUGUUUAACAAAUAAUAAAUUUAUCUAAAAGGACCUAUAAA